UUCAAUUUCUCUCUUCUCUCUCUAUCGCUCUCAAAAAAGGGAAAAGAAAAUAAUUAUUUUCUUUUCUUUUUUCUGAUAAUUUCUUUCUCUUUAAAGAAAAAUCAAUGGCGAUUGAGAUGGAGAUUGAGCAAAAUCCAACGGUUGAGCUCUCACAAAUCGGAACGUCGGAAACUCACGGCGAAGAUUCGCCGUAUUUCGCCGGUUGGAAAGCGUACGAUGAAGAUCCUUAUAACGAGUCAACAAAUCCUUCUGGUGUUAUUCAAAUGGGCUUAGCUGAAAAUCAAGUGUCAUUUGAUUUGUUGGAGGAGUAUUUAGAGCAAAAUUCUGAAGUAGAAGCCAAUUGUUCUGGGUUCAGAGAAAAUGCUUUGUUUCAAGAUUAUCAUGGCCUUUUGUCUUUUAGAACUGCAAUGGCUAGUUUUAUGGAAGAAAUUAGAGGUGGGAGAGCCAAAUUUGACCCAAAUAGAGUUGUUUUAACUGCUGGUGCCACUGCUGCCAAUGAGCUUCUUACUUUCAUUCUUGCAAAUCCUGGUGAUGCCUUGCUUGUCCCCACUCCUUACUAUCCUGGAUUUGAUAGAGAUUUGAGAUGGAGAACUGGGGUGAAAAUUGUACCAAUUCAUUGUGAUAGUUCAAACAAUUUUCAAAUAACUCCACAAGCUUUGGAAGAGGCUUACAAUACAGCAAUGGCAAUGAAAAUCAAAGUAAGAGGAGUUUGGAUCACAAAUCCAUCAAAUCCCCUUGGAGCAACAAUCCAACGAUCCACAAUUGAAGAGAUUUUGGAUUUCGUCACACGCAAAAACAUUCACCUCGUAUCAGACGAAAUCUAUUCCGGUUCUGUUUUCUCCUCGGCCGAGUUCACAAGCGUCGCCGAGGUUUUGGAAUCCCACGGCUAUAAAAACGCCGAGCGGGUUCACAUCGUGUAUAGUCUCUCUAAAGAUCUAGGCCUUCCCGGGUUUAGAAUCGGCACGAUUUAUUCAUACAAUGAUAAAGUCGUGACGACGGCUCGCCGUAUGUCUAGCUUUACGCUGAUAUCUUCACAAACACAGCGUUUUUUAGCGUCCAUGUUGUCGAACCGGAAGUUUACUGAAAAAUAUAUUAAAAUGAACCGGGACCGGCUCAAGAAACGAUAUGAGAUGAUUAUUGAAGGGCUACGAACCGCUGGGAUUGAAUGUUUGGAAGGGAAUGCCGGUUUAUUUUGCUGGAUGAAUUUAAGCCCGUUAUUGAAAAAUAAAAAACCGACAAGGGAAGGUGAAAUUGAGAUAUGGAAUCGGAUUUUGAAGGAAGUGAAAUUGAAUAUUUCUCCCGGUUCAUCUUGUCACUGCUCUGAACCGGGUUGGUUCAGGGUUUGUUUUGCCAACAUGAGUGAAAAGACUCUUCAGGUUGCUCUUGAAAGAAUACAUUGCUUCGUGGAGAGGAUGAAGAAGGAAAAUGAAGCUAAUUAAAAUAUAUAAUUAUUAAAAUGAUUUAGUUUCUUUUUUUUUUUUUUUUUUUUAAUUUUUUACAAUGGUUUGAGAGAAAAGAAAAGGAAAAAAGAAAAAACACCAUUGUGAUUCUUUUGUGUGGACAUUACCCAUAUUUGAUAGAAAUCGGGGGUUUAUGUCUUCAUUUAUACGUCAUAUUUUAUGAUUCGAACUGAGAAAAAAAAGAAAUCCUUGUUUUCUUGCUUUUAUUAAGCAAG